GUUUUUUUUUUUUUGGGUGGGGGAGAGAGCGUGUUUGGAGGGAUGACAUAGACACGAAUGGACAGUUUAAUUAAUAACCACCAUCCAUUUCUCCCGGACCUCAACACAUGCGCUCACUGGAGGCCAGACACAAGCAGCUUAAUGCUCGUUAGCAGAUAUUGAUGGAGCUGUAGCUCACACCGAAGGAUAUAAGAGGAAAUUUGGAGGAGGAUAAAAAAAAGUCAGCAGGCAGGAAUUCAACACAACCAGGAUAAGGUCAACAAAGGCUUACGGCUACUUUUCAUCCCAGUCCAACCUGUGUUUUCUGAGUUGGUGCCCGACAACCAUCCUGAAUGAAUGAGUGGGUGGGCCCCGACAUCAAUGUGGUGGGACCGCUACAAAUCCCACCCAGCGAUGAAUUCUCCAUCUCAGAGAACUCGCACUUGUUCGAUAUCCUGGCAGAUCAAGGCAGUCCUCUGCUGCAGGAUCACGACAUCCUGCCCUUCUCCGGCUACCCCAGCAUGCAGUACCCGCCCAUGGAGCCCAACAUGUCUUCCACUCCGUACUACUCCACUCAGAACUACUACCCUCAGUACAAUGGAGACGAGUGGUACUCGCACACGGGGAUAUACGAACUGAGGAAAGGACCCCUGGAGGGCAGCUAUGAAGCCGAGAUGGAGGACAGGUCCUCUGUUGUGCCGGUGGUGUGCAAGAGGACCCGGCACAUGUCACAAGCUGGAAGGGUCAAAGGGGAGGAACUGUGUGUUGUGUGUGGAGACAAGGCCUCCGGAUAUCACUAUAAUGCUCUCACCUGUGAGGGAUGUAAAGGUUUCUUCAGACGGAGCAUAACGAAGAACGCUGUGUACAAAUGCAAGAGUGGCGGGAACUGUGAGAUGGACAUGUACAUGCGCAGGAAAUGCCAGGAGUGCCGGCUGAGAAAGUGCAAGGAGAUGGGCAUGCUGGCAGAAUGCCUGCUGACGGAGAUCCAGUGUAAAUCGAAAAGACUGCGAAAGAACACCAAGGCCUCCCCCGGACAGUCACCUGGAGACGAAGCAGAGGGAGGCGACAAUGCAGACAACAAACAGGUCACCUCAACCACCAAACUGUCAAAGGAAAAGGUUGAAAUCACCAAAGAGCAACGGGCGCUCAUAAAGCUCAUCGUAGAUGCUUACAACAGACAUCAAAUUCCUCAAGAUGUUGCCAAAAAACUGCUACAAGAACAGUACAGCGUCGAGGAAAACUUUCUCCUGUUGACUGAGAUGGCAACAAGUCAAGUUCAAGUUUUGGUGGAGUUCACAAAAAGUAUUCCAGGCUUUUUGUCUCUGGAUCAUGAGGAUCAGAUCGCUCUGCUGAAGGGCUCGGCUGUGGAGGCCAUGUUUCUGCGCUCGGCUCAGGUUUUCAGCAGAAAGACGCCCAACGGACACUCAGAAGUUUUAGUGGAGAGGAUACGCAAGAGUGGUAUAUCAGAAGAAUUCAUCACACCCAUGUUCAACUUUUAUAAAAGCAUCGGUGAACUCCACAUGGUGCCGGAGGAACAGGCUAUCCUCACCGCAAUAACCAUCCUGACGCCAGACCGACCUUAUGUGAAGGAUCAGCAGGCUGUAGAGAGACUUCAGGAGCCGAUGCUGGACGUACUGAGGAAGCUUUGCGUCCUGCAGCAUCCACAGGAGCCGCAGUACUUUGCUCGUCUCCUGGGUCGCCUGACGGAGCUGCGGACUCUCAACCACUACCACGCAGAGAUGCUCACGUCCUGGAGGAUGAACGACCACAAAUUCACCCCGUUGCUCUGUGAGAUCUGGGACGUGCAGUGACUCAGCAGGACCAGAGAAGGAGGCGGUUAGAUGGGGAUGAGGAGCUGAACAUUUCAACUUGCAAGACGACAUCGUGGCCCAGCUUCAGUGCAUAUUUAUACCUCAAGGAAGUGAGGACCUGGAAUUAAAAUCCUUGCCCCUGUUGUGCCUGACCUUGAUGGUAUCAGUCAUUUCUGCCAACGGUUUAGAGUUUAUGGUUUUUCUUCAUGGCUCACACCAUCAUUAUUGUCAAUCAGAGCAGGGUUGUCAGGACAGCAGGGAAUCUGUUUAAAGGUUGGAUUUUUGUUUUCUAACUUCAUGUAAAGCAUUUUGAUUAGUCAGACUAGUACAAACACUGGAACGUAUUCAAGGCCAAGAUGGGGCUCGUAAAAAAGAUUUGUAUAUUAUUAGUUAAUCUUCUCCUAUGUAGACCUUAUCACAUGCAGUACAUGCUGAACACAAAAAUGGUAUUUCUCCCUCAAUACACAACGUUUUCAGCUUCUCAGUUAUGAGGUUUACAUAGGAGCAUUUCUACAGUUAUUGAUAGGAGACUAAACAGCUCAGAUACAACAUCUGGGAAAUUAUAAUCGUCAACAUUUUUUCAACUUCAUCUCAAUAAACUCAACAGAAGAGCAUUCAAAUUACUAAAUGUUCAAAUAUUUAUAUCUAAGAGUUGUUUUGAUGUGUAUAAUAUACUGUAUAAUAGUCCAAUGUAUAAUUUGCAACAACACCCCACAAAAACCAUUGAUUUUUUUAUGCCGUGUCUAUUUCCACAGUUAACUAAGAACAAAAGCACCUCAAAUUAUAGGACAUAACUGUGUUUUUGCAUGUUUUAGCCAAUUUUCUAAAAGACAAUAAAGAAUAUUUAACAUUGCUGUUGAA